AUGUUAUGGAGGGAAAGUUCUUUCAUUCGAGAUAUUGCAUUCGGAGGAGGAUUUUCAAUUGUAUGGAUAAUCGCCGGUUUAAUAAACAUAUACGCGUAUUAUCAUGCACCAGAAUUAACGUGUCCCGGUUAUUCUACAAAAAAACAUCCAUCAACACAAUCUUCACAAAUUCCAUGGGAAUUACAAUUAAAAUGUAAAUUAUAUUUGUCAAAUACUGCUUUAGCUUGGUUAAACGUUGUAAUAUUUUUUUUAUCUACUGCAUUAUAUUGGAAAUUAUUGAUCAAUAGAAAUAGAGAAGUACUUAUAAUGCCAUAA